GGUUUACCUUCUCUCCUAGGACCGUUUGAUGCAGAACCCAGCUCUUCUGUUCCCAACUAUUGUCCAUCCUGGCAGUUUUCAAAUUGCCUCUCCUGUGAAGAAAGCCCUAGCUAUUUGGAACAACUGGUAGAUUCCUGUCUUCAGACAGAUGCACCCUCAGAUCCAGCCUUCAGUGGUUUCCAGACGUCCUCACACUACACCUCAGAUGCCUUCCAGGCGGUCCCACACUGCUUUAACCAGGGUCUGGCUGCUGGAUCCCCCAGUUCGGCUGAUCUGUCCAGCCCGUUGAACUAUAGCUGCUCUCCUCCUCAGCUAUCUCCUGUCACACCACUGACCCACAGCCCACCCUCUGCUCUGGACUCCGAGACUUACAACUACCCUGCGGAGGAAUGGUCCUGCCAUACCCCCUCCGCAUACACCGCCUCUGCCUGCUGCUGCACUGCCUAUGGCUCCCAGCAUGUGGACAACAGGGUCCCACAGUACUUCCCCUGCCCCAGCACGGACUGCAUGGACUACCUCCCUCCCAUGGCCGUGGCCGAUGACUUCUUCAGAAGGGAUAGGAACUGUGACAUCUGCUAUAGCUAAUGGGGACUGUGGUUUUACACAUCCACUGUAUCCAAAUCAGAUUAAUUGCCCAUGAACUAUGCAAAGCUGUGCUGCCUAACACAGUUCAGUUUAUUCUUCACUACUCACACAUUUUCUACAUGACACUGUUACUACAUUAAUCCUCCUGUCUUGUAUGGUCAGGGGUAUUGGGGUGUUUUGUUGUGGUGGUGGUUUGGGGUUCUUUUGCUGCCUUACCAAACACAUGUAAU